CCCAAACUCCAAAUUGUAGAAGUUCAAGGCUUUCAACCAGAGGUUCUUGAAAUUCAUGCAGAAAACUGUCCAGGAACACUACAGAGACUUUGAUCAGAAUAAUAUUCAAGAUAUCACUGGUGCUUUGUUCAAACACAGCCAGGACAAGGCUCGGGGGAGCACCCACACCAAUGUACCAGAGAAGCUGAUCACCAAUCUUGUCAAUGACAUCUUUGGAGCUGGCUUUGACACAGUCACCACAGCCGUUUCCUGGAGCCUCAUGUACCUUGUGACUAAGCCUGAGAUCCAGAAGAAGAUCCAGGAGGAGCUGGACACUGUGAUUGGCAGAGAACGAAGGCCCCUGCUCUCAGACAGACCUCAGCUGCCUUACUUGGAGGCCUUUAUCUUGGAGAUCUUCAGGCAUACCUCCUUUCUCCCUUUUACCAUCCCCCACAGCACAACGAGAGCAACAACCCUAAAUGAUUUCUACAUCCCCAAGGGGAUCUGCGUUUUGGUGAACCAGUGGCAGGUUAACCAUGACCAGAAAAUAUGGAGGGACCCAUCAGUGUUCUGGCCAGAGCGAUUCCUCAGUGCAGAUGGCACUAUCGAUAAGGCCCUGAGUGAGAAGGUGAUUUUAUUUGGCCUUGGGAAGAGGCGAUGCGUUGGAGAGAUGAUUGGCUGGUGGGAAGUCUUCCUCUUCCUGGCCAUCCUGCUGCAGCAGAUGGAGUUCAGUGUCCCCUUUGGAGUGAAGGUGGACUUGACCCCAAUCUAUGGAUUGACCAUGAAGCAUCCCCGCUGUGAGCAGUUCCAGGCCCAGCUGCGCUUCCCCAGGAGUGGCUAAGCAGCCAUUGGCCAGGGCUGGGUACAGGCUCCUUCCUCCUCCCCUUCAACAUACUUCUUGGGGCUAGGCCAAGGAGUCAUGUCCCUGGCAGGUAUACAUAUAUAUAUAUAUAUAUAUAUAUAUAUAUCUUCUUU